AUGCAAUCAGAUCCUUACAAUUGGCCUUUUCCAAAUCGAAAUGAUCUAAUGAAUUUAUCCACUAUAAGUAUAAAUCAAUGAAUAAGUGAGAAAAUUAAAAAAGAGAGUUUAUUUAUGAUAAUCGAGCACAAUCUACUAUGUCUAUUGAAGGUAUUGAUGGCGCUGCUCCCAAAUUAAAGCCUUAUCAAUAUAUCAAUAAAGAGUAAUUUUGUAAUAGAGAUGAUGAUAUUCCUGGAACCAAAUCUAGACCUUAAAUAAGAUAUACCAACAGGUCAGAUAACCAAUUGAUGAUUGAUGAUAUUAAGGGGACUCGCCCACAAAUCUGUAAAUUUUAGACCAAUCGAUAACCAAUUAAUCCACUCGAACCAACUUAUAAAAUUCCUUCCUUUGAAUAGGCAGAACCUUAUCAAACCAAAUUUAUCAGAGACAGCUAUAAUGUCAAUGACAUUGAAGGAGCUUAACCAUCAAUGAAUAAUCCAAGACUAAAAAAGCAACCCAUUCCUUUGCCCGAGAUCGAAGGUUCACAUUCAAAAUAAUUACAUGUUUAAAAAGGUAAAACCGUAUAUCCUAAACCAUAUCAGUAGAUGGAAUUAGUAAUCUCCAAGUCAAGGAUAUCAAUAAUGAUAUGCUCCAUAAAUACAUCAGAAAUACAAACCCUAUUGAACCAGUCUAUUCUCACAGAGAUGAAGAUGGGUAUUAAGAAUUCUUAAUUUAGCAAGAAAAUUGAAAUCGGUUUUGUUGAGGGCAGUAAAAGUAAAUAGUUGCAUCCAAUAACCAUCAAUAAAUUUGCAUCUUCCAUUUUGACUACCUAAGACAUUAUUGGUGCACAAGCAGGUUCUCAUUCUUAACAUUUCUUGAGAACCAAUGAUAGAAAGGAUUAUCGACAGAUUAAUAAUGUCUAAGACAUUGAAGGAGUACAAGCUGGAUCACUCAAAAAAGGAAUUGUAAGUAAAAGAUAUACAAAUCCCUUGAUGCCAGCCUAUCAAAUGCCAGGAAAUGCUGAAUUAUAGUAAGAUCAUAUUAUAACUUAAGCUCCACCUAACAAAAAAGCGUGUUCUCGAAGAAUGCCAGUAAUUAAAUGUUUACCAAUGCUUAAAAAAUGGAUCAAUUUUUAGCUCAAGGUUGA